AUGACUGGCUCAAACGGAACAAACGGGGUCAAAGUGACCAAGCCUACCUUCCCCGCCGAGGCCGCAACCAAGGAAUAUGCAGCUUCCUUAGAUGCUCAAGAUCCCCUUCGUGGGCUACGGGACCAGUUCAUCAUUCCUUCCAAAGCUAAUCUUGCCUCUAAGAAGCUGGCCAAGCCAGGCCUUUCUAAAGAGUCAAGCAUUUAUUUCUGCGGUAACUCAUUGGGUAUUCAGCCUAAGGCAGUCUCCAAGUACAUGGAGGCGCAGCUCGAUACCUGGUCAUCAAUCGGCGUCUGUGGUCACUUCACUGAUGUCGAAGAUUCUCCAUUGAAGCCAUGGCAAUUACUCUCAGAGCAGGCCUCAGAAUCCAUGUGCAAGCUUGUCGGUGCUUCACCCGAAGAAGUUGCUGCGAUGGCAACCCUUACUGUGAAUCUGCACCUUCUACUUGCCAGUUUCUAUAAGCCGACAGAAAAGCGCCAGAAGAUUCUCAUGGACUGGAAGGCAUUCCCUAGUGACCACUACGCGAUUGAAUCACACAUUGCCUGGCACGGCCUCGACUCUAAGGAAAACAUGGUCCUCAUCGGCCCCGACGAAGACACAUAUGAGAUCCCAACCGAAAAGAUUCUCUCAGUCAUUGACAAGCACGCCGAGGACGCUGCUGUUCUUCUCCUACCUGGUAUCCAGUACUACACCGGCCAACUAUUUGAUAUCCCCCGCAUCACGGCAUAUGCCCAAUCUCGAGGCCUGAUCGUAGGCUGGGAUCUGGCGCACGCUUAUGGAAACGCUGAAGUCAAGUUGCACGACUGGAACGUCGAUUUCGCUGCUUGGUGUACUUACAAAUAUGGCAAUGCUGGACCCGGUGCCAUGGGUGGUCUUUUCGUGCAUGAGCGCCACGGCAAGGUAGAUUAUAGCGAGGGCGAGGACUCGCCCAAGUUCCGACACCGUCUCACUGGUUGGUACGGUGGUGAUCGGUCUGUGCGCUUCCAGAUGGACAACAAAUUCAAGCCUAUCCCCGGAGCUAAUGGUUACGUUGUUUCCAACCCAUCAGUCAUUGAUCUGACUACUCUGUUAGCUUCGCUAUCAGUAUUCGACCAGACUUCAAUGGCUGAACUGCGCCAAAAGUCAAUUAAGCUCACUGCCUAUCUUGAGUUCCUACUCCUGAAGGAUACUGACGAGAAGACACGUCUGUUUGACAUUAUCACACCGUCGGAUCCCAAUGCUCGUGGUGCACAACUGAGCUUGCUACUCAAGCCGGGACUUCUGCAUAAGGUGGCUGAGCGACUACAAGAUGCAGGCAUUAUCUGUGAUAAGCGUGAACCAGGCGUUGUUCGUGCAGCACCUGUUCCUCUUUACAAUACCUUCUCUGAGGUGUAUACAUUUGUGGAGACAUUUAAGGGUGCUUUGUCCGAGCAAUAA